AUGUCUCACCCGGAGCGCACGCAUCCCCGCUCCGCUCGAGGCGCAUCAUCCUCCCUGCUCGCCAGAGCACACAAGAACAAUGCUUCUGGUGGCGGAAGAGGUGGUGGUGGGAAGAAGAGGAAGGAGAACCGAGCGCCUCCCCUUCCCGGACCUCUACACGAUGAGCAGUACAUUACCAGUACCUACAAGGUGAAGCCUCUCAAGCAGAUCCACGAAACCAAUCCGAAAUCCCCCUUGAGCAACUACAUCAUAAUGACGAGCGGUGAAAAAAUGGAGUUCACGGCUCUCCAUGGUGUAGUUGAGGGUAGCGACCAAGUCGUAUGGAGGUGCUCCAUAGCCGUCAAACACGACCGUGGUGAAGUCGUCGGUACCGGGGACCAUCCUAAUCGUAAAAACGCAGAGACCUUGGCCGCUCUCUCCGCGUUGUAUCAGCUGGAUGCGGUCGGCGGGUUUGAUAAACGCAAAGAAAAGGCGAAGGAAGAAGCGACUCCUGUCGAAACCACCUUGUCCGAUGGCUCUGUGGUCGACUACGAGCGUGCUCGUCACUUCAUGGACUACUACUGCCGCCGAUUCCGUUUCACGAAGCCAGACAUUGUCUACUCUCAGCCUCCCCGAGGCCAAUGGCAGGCUGAUAUGAUCGUAGGCGACCGUCGCAUCGGAUUCGGCAAGGGCCCGAAUAAGAAGGAAGCCAUGACCAGAUGUUACACCGAUGUCGUGCAGUACUUGGAGAAGUGCGACCCCAGCAUUUGGCAGGACUUCUUGAGGGAUGUCAAGUUGGGCAAGGACCUCGGAAUGGCGCCUCCGGUGCUCUUCCAAGCCGACGACAUCCUAGAGGACCAGAUCCAGAACCUCAAGGAAGACAUCAAGAGGAGUACCCUCUACCGCAAUAGGCCAACCAUCCGGUCUGCCGCUGAUGGUCAAGGUCUUCCGCUACAAGGUAGCUCCAGCUACCGCCGACCCCCUGCAUCUGCGGCCUACCUCGCUGAGAAGUCCGCUCGACUUCGUAGCCGCCGCGAGGCAUACUUGACGAACCCCGCUUUGGAAUCCAUUCGUAACACGCGUGCGACCCUUCCCGUGUUCACGAAGUCGGAGGAGCUCCUCAAGCACGUGAACGAGCACGAUGUCACUAUCUGCAUGGCGGCGACUGGUUCCGGCAAAACGACGCAGAUCCCGCAGCUGAUCCUAGACGAGUGGAUCGAGCGAGGGGAAGGCGCGAAAUGCAACAUCAUCUGUACCCAACCUCGCCGUAUCGCCGCUAUCAGUGUUGCGGAACGUGUCGCAAAGGAGCGAGGCGAGACGUGCGGUAGGGAUGGUACGGUCGGGUACCAAGUCCGCUUCGAGUCAAAGCUCCCUGAGGACCAUGGCUCCAUCACCUACUGUACCACUGGUGUCUUCUUACGCAAGAUGCAGACGGCGCUGAUGGAGACGUCUUCGCGGAGGAGCAUGGACGAUGUUACUCACAUCAUUGUCGACGAAGUCCACGAACGUGACGUCGACAUCGACCUGAUGCUCGUCGUUUUGAAACGGUUGUUGGCGGAACGUCGUGCGCAAAAGAAGCCGGUCAAGAUUGUGCUCAUGAGCGCCACUAUCGACGCAACGCUCUUCAGGAAGUACUUCCCUGAUGAGCAAGGUCAGCCCGCGGGUGUCGUCGAAAUCCCUGGCCGCGCUCAUCCUGUGCAGAAGCACUUCCUCGAUGACUUUGUUCCCGAGUUGGCCUCGGACCCGAAGACAUCCUGGGUCUUCCGAGAGGAGUCGGUGAGGAAGUACCUGACUCAAGAACUGGGUCCUGAUGGACCAGGCGUCGCCCCAUCAUUGCAUUCCUCUCGCGCGCCUACCCCUAUCUUGAAGGAACACUCUCGCGACACGGAUGACCUCGAACUCCCCACUCCUCUCAUCGCCUUGACUAUCGCGCACGUCCUCAAAAAGUCGCAGGACGGUCACGUACUCGUUUUCCUGCCUGGCUGGGACGACAUCAGUGCUGUCCGGAGAUUCCUACUCGAGGGAGACAGGUCAAAACCUUUAGGGUUUAACUUCGGUGACACAAGCAAAUUCAGCAUACACCUACUCCAUUCCACCAUCCCCGUCGCUGAGCAACAAGCUAUCUUCGAUCCUCCUCCUCCCGGUGUCCGUCGCAUCAUCCUCUCUACCAACAUCGCCGAAACCUCUGUCACUAUCCCUGACGUCGUCUACGUCGUCGACACAGCGCGCAUCAAGGAGCAGCGCUAUGACCCGGCCCGCCACAUUUCGAAUCUCGUCUCUGCCUGGGUCGGCACGUCGAACCUCAAUCAGCGUGCAGGUCGUGCAGGUCGUCACCGUCCCGGGGAGUACUUCGGCAUUCUGAGUCGCAGACACGCCGAGGAGCUGCACCCGCAUCAAACAGUUGAGAUGAAGCGUGUCGACCUCGAGAACGUCGUCAUGCACGUCAAGGCGCUCAACUUCCCUGGCAUGACUAUCGAAGAGGUUCUCGCCGCGACCAUCGAACCCCCUGCUCCCGAGCGUAUCGAGGCCGCUAUCAAGUCCUUACACAUGGUCGGCGCGCUUGACGCGGAUAACAAUCUCACGUCGCUCGGAAGUGUCCUUCUGCAGCUCCCUGUGGAUCCACGUCUCGGUCGCCUCGUGCUAUUCGGCUCCUUCUUCCGCUGCCUCGACUCCGCGCUCACAAUCGCGGCUCUCAUGGGAUCCCGUGAACCCUUCGUGGCGCCCAUCCAUAUCAAGCAGGAGGCGCAGGCGAAGAAGAAUUCGUGGACGCCCGACGAGUUCCGCUCAGACAUCCUCGCGGCGCUCCGGGCGUAUAAUGAAUGGUGGGCGCUGCAAAGCCAGAACCUGUACGUAUCCGCGAACCGGUUCUGCUCAGACAACUUCCUGUCAAAACCUACUCUCCUCAAUGUUGCAAAGGUAAAGGAUCACCUGCUGAAGGCAUUGUACGAUGUUGGUGUGGUCGACGUAUCUGGAGGAGGACGGCUGCCGUAUGUCCCACCCGGAGCGCGGUCGCGAGACGUCCCUCCGGUGCCGAGCCAACUCAAUGAGAACGGCGACUCCUUACCUCUCCUAGCCGCCCUCAUCGCGAUCGCUUGCCAGCCGAAGUUCGCAAUCCGGACAGGUGAGAGGAUAUACCGCACUGCAGUGGACAAGGCGGUUAUCAUUCACCCGUCGAGCGUCAAUCACCGCAGGCGAGAGAUGCCCAAGGACGGUACCCCUCAUGUCGAGAAGCAAAUCAUCGCGUACGCUGAGAAGAGGCAAAACAUUUCCACGGGGCCUCACGCCGAGAAAUACCUGGUCGCGACGACUCGCUUGGAUCCCCUGACCUACGUACUGUUCGGCGCGUACCGUAUCACCGUCACGUCGCGCGGGCUGGAGUGUGAUGACUGGCUCCCUGUCAUUGGCAGCAUGGAUGUCUUGGACGACCUCGAGCGACUCAAAGUAAUGAUGGAGGACUGCCUGCUUCGCGUCUUCCAGGGCAUCAUCGCCAGCCGACAGCGCAAGGCGCACCAAUUUAAGAAGCCUCUGACGUAUGCCGAAGGUCGUGAAGACGAGUCUGGCGACGAGGAGGAAGACGACCUGACGAAUGUUCCAUUGACCGACACGGAGAUCAAAGAACUCGACCUGAUGACGAGGGACGCAGUCCGGAUCCUCAACCGCUACAGCACCUAUCGCGCCGCGAUGCAAUCUCAGUCCAAUUCCCGUCCUGGCACGCCCAUGGACUCACCCUCGCUGGCGUCAGUGCGCCUUCCAUAUUCACCACAUAGCGGAGCGCGGUCAGGAUACUCGACGCCAUACAACAUUGCGUCGGCAUACUCGUCGAGACCCAGCACGCCGAGCCGACUAUCGAGGCAGUAG